AUGAAGGUUAUCGUUGCUUCUGGCCUGGACGGUGCCCGCAAGCAGGAGCUGGAGCUGGCAGCCAGCGCCACGCUCGCAGAUCUGAAGAAAGCCUACCAACCGGGUGUGAACGUGCACCGCAAGUCGUUCAAGCUUCCCAGCACCGAGUCGCCGCUGCCAGCUGCGGAUGGCGGCAAGCUGCGCUCGAACCUCGUCACGCUGUCAGAUAAGGUGCCCCUAUCGCAGCAGGGGGUGAAGGACGGCUCAGUGCUCCUUUACAAGGACCUCGGCCCGCAGAUCGGCUACCGCACUGUGUUCUACGUCGAGUAUGCCGGUCCCAUCGCCUUUAUGCUGAUGUACGCCAUGCGCCCUUCGCUCAUCUACGGCUCUGCCCCGAUGCCGGCUUACGGCUACACGCAGAAGCUGUACAUUGGCCUCUUCCUCGCCCACUUCCUCAAGCGCGAACUCGAGUCCAUGUUCGUGCACAAGUUCUCGCACCCAACGAUGCCGAUGCGCAACAUCUUCAAGAACUGCGUCUACUACUGGUCCUUCGCCGCCUUCAUCGGGUACGUGCUGUGCAAUCCUUCCUUCACAUCGACCAGCGCCACGCAGUCAAACUUCGGCGCCGUGUCCAUGGUCAUCAGCGAGCUGCUGAACUUUGCGGUGCACUACCAGCUUAGCACGAUGCGCAAGUCCGACGGUGACACCACCCGCAACGUGCCGAAAGGUCCUCUGUUCGCCUUCGUCUCGUGCCCGAACUACUUCUUUGAGAUCAUGUCGUGGGUGUCCUUCUCCAUCGGCACGAAUAUGUUGUCCUCCUGGUUCUUCACGCUAGCUGGUUUCGUGCAGAUGGCGGACUGGGCGAAGAAGAAGCACCGGGGCUACGUCAAGGCGGACCCAGCCAAUAAAAAGAAGGCCGCCAUUCUGCCCUUCAUCAUGUAG